UAGGGGGAUUUACGGGAGUUUAUAGUGUAUUUAUAUUAAAACGACGAUGAAUCUGUCGAAUUCCAAUGUAUCGACAGAAUUGGGGGGAACAUCAGGUAUAGGUCCAUAUUCAGACGCAGUAAAGAAUACGGAUGAAUCAUCAGGUAAUUUGAAGGCUAAUUAUCCGGAAAAUAUAACGUUGGAUAAUACAUUACAUUUGAAAAAUCCAUUAAACACGGCUUUAUCAUUAGAAAAGCCUUUAGAAAAUGUUUUUCGUUCAAAUAAUAUGUUAAAUAAUGUAUUAAAUAGCUUAUCAAGCAAUCAUGUAGAUACACCUGUACUUUUAACAUCAGCAUUUCAGGCACCUACAUUGCAAACGAAUAUGGAAGCUCAAAAAUCGACUUCACUGAAUAUUUCGUCAAAUCACCCUGUUAAUGCAGUAUAUACAUAUAGAAAAGAUCAGCCAAUUGAUUUUCUAACCAAUGAUUCGAAACAUAUAUUUGAAGAAAUGGUCCAAAAAAAACAAGAAAAAGAAUUAAGUGAUGCUAUGUAUAAUAAAAGAUUUGAUUUUAAUACAUCAGUCUUGUCAAAUAAAAUAUCUAAUCAUAAUUUGAAUAUGCCUCUUGACGACAAAACAUAUGAUUUUUGUGAUUAUAACACUAAUUUUUCUAAAUAUUAUGAAACGAAUGAAAAUGAAGAAAUCCCUCAAGAAAGCAAGAACAUCCCAUUUAAAUUUCCUGGAAUUCCUAUUCCUAAUCUUCCUUUUGCAACUAUUAUGGAUACACAAACAGAUAAUCCACAUUUAGAGAAAACAACAGUACAAAAUAAACUCAAUACUAUCAAGAAAAAUGAAACUCCUAUAAUAAAGAAUCAGUUGGCACCCAAGGAUCCAGAAGAUGUUCUUCGAUACGAAUUGCGUAAAUGUUUUAGCGUUUAUGCAGUAACAGGAGAUACUAGAAGCUGUGUUAGAACAGUAUAUGAUUUAAUGAAGGAUAUAGUUGAAGAUAAGACCAAAAUUGUAAUGCUGGAGACAUUAAAAGGGGGAAUAAAAGAGGAUAUAGUAGCAGCAUUCAUUGAAAAUAAACAGGUUUUAGGAAGAAUAAGGAAUUGGCUAGUCAACGCUAUAAACGAAAAGAAAAACAUGGUGAUUAUAGCUAUUUUGAAGAUCAUGAAUAUAUUAAAACUAGACUCCACCAUUUUAGCUGAGCUAAAAAUGGGAAAACCAAUAAUAAUUUUGGCAAAAAAAUCGGAAAAUGAAACUGUUAAACAACUUUCUAUUAAAUGGCUAGAAGCAGCAGAAAAAUCUUUGUCGUUAGAGAAACCUACAGAAAAUUCAAUGGCGGCCAAUAUACCACCUAUUUCUACAACUGAAGACAUUUCAAAAAAGAAACAAAAGGCAGCUUCAAAUGAUCCUGUUAUUAAGCCCUCUGUAACUCCAAAGCCUGCACCAGCAAAGCCAGUAGUUAAAUCUCAAAAGGUUCAAGCAGUAGCAAAUACUGAUUUUUUUAAAAACCUCUCAACCUCUGCGGCAAAAGCAUCCCAAAAACCUUCUCUUUCUAGUGUUCUUGCACAAAUAAAAGCACCUAAAAAGCAAAGUUCCACUCAGCCUCAAGUGAUUGAAACAAUCUCGUCUGUUUCUAAAAAAUUUACAAGUGUUUUGGAGGAAGUCCCUGGUUGUCAACCAACUCCAGAAAUAAUUACAACAAAUACUAAUACAGUUCCGGAUGAUAUACCUAAAAAGAAAAGGAAAUGUGUUUCAUGGAAGUCAGAUGAUACUCUUGUUGAAAUUAGAAUUUUUGAACCUAUUGAACCGGAAGAUACAGAUGACACAUAUAUUCAUAUUUCACGAGAGUUUAAAAAUGCAAGAGAUUUAGAUAUCUACGAGGGACGUGCUGCAUUUAGUAAAACACAUAAUAUAGAAGACGAUAUGAUGACGUGGCGUGAACCAGAAGAUAUUGAUUUUUCUCAUUUAGAGUCACAGUUAUCUAAGCUUGGACCAAAGAGAGGAGGCAUUAGUAAAUGUAAUAGUGAUGAAUUUAAAAUACAGGAGGAGAGAGAACGUUUUGUAUUUUUAGUAUCCUAUCUUUAUGAAAAGGAUAUUCCACACUCACCUACAGAGCCUGAUGCUAAUUCUGAUGGUUUUUUUGUCGAAACAAAAAUAAUACCCCUACCCAAUGAUAUGAAAGAUUCAGACUCAUCAGAUUAUUUAUUUCAACAUAAUACAGGAUCUACAAACAAUUUGUCAUUUUCAAACAUUAAUCAAAAUACUAUUUCUUUACCUAACACUUCAUCGAUUAACAAUACUCAAGCUAAUAUCACAUCUAUUCUACAGAAUUUAUUAAAUGCUUCUGGACAAGCAACUAUCAAUAACCCUUCAUCCAUAUCUUCACUUCCACAAACAACGCAAUAUCUCCCUUUACCUUCUUCUACCAUUUCUCCCGUCAACAUUGCAAAUAUAACUAAUAUAUUACAAAUACUUCAACAAGCACAAAAAAAACCAUUACAAUCGUCUUUCCCUACACCUACUCUCUCUUCAACUGCUUCACCUUUCAACUUUAGUGCUUUACUUGGCGGUCAACAAAAAAAUCUUUCUUAUUCUGAUUGGAAUGAACGAAAUGACACCUCACGCUCAAGAGAUAAAAGACAAAGAACUCAAAGACGUCGUCGUUAAUCUUUUAUUUACUUUUUAUCACUUCAUAUAACGGUUUAUUAUUCAA